ACGUUCUGUUCCACUCAGGUGGGGCUCAUCGAGGGGGCUCGGGGUGGGCGGGGCCGGGCGUGACUAGGGAAGUGGGACUGGGCCGAGCGUGAUGGAGGCCGAACCCGUCCCAGACUUCUCGAAGCUGCAAGAGCUGCUGGCGCCGCCGUGUCUGGACCCUAAGCCGCCCCGGGCGUCCCCUGCUCAGCAGGCACCAAGGACCCCAGGAUGCCCCAGACCCAAUGGCAGGUCCUUCUGGCCUGCACGCCAGGACUCGGUCACCGCCCUGCGUUUCGUCCAAGAAACAGCAGAGGGGCUGGUGCAGCCCCCUGCCCGGGACACCCAAGCCCUCGGGCCCUGCUGGGAGCCAAAGGCCUUGGAGAUUCUGGGACCCUCGCCUCUGGCAAGGGAUGCCAAGAACAUGCAGGCCCCAGUCAGCCAGCCAUGCUGCAGCUCGGGGCCCCCGGAGACUCCCGCAGCCCCCUCAGCCCUACCCCAGAGGAGGCCCCGGAAGCAGUCAAAGCCCCACCCAGGCGCUGAGAAAGUGGACCCCCGCUUCGAGGGGGUGACCCUGAAGUUUCAGUUAAAGCCGGAUUCCAGCCUACAGAUCACACCCAGCUACAGCCUGGCCUGCAGUAGCCGCUCUCAGGGUCCCUCUGCAGGCCCUGCCAGAGGUCCUGAGGCCAACUCGGGAGGCGGCGAGGCCCUCGGGCCCCGGUGCUGUGCUUCCUGUAGGACCCAAAGGACCCCCCUCUGGAGAGAUGCUGAAGAUGGGACCCCUCUCUGCAAUGCCUGUGGUAUCAGGUACAAGAAAUAUGGCACCCGCUGCUCCAGCUGCUGGCUGGUGCCCAGGAAAAGUGUGCAGCCCAAGAAGUUAUGUGGCAGAUGCGGGCUGUCCCUGGGCCCCCACCAAGGCCCGACUCAGGAAGGGGAUCCCAGGUGGAAGACCCAGGCCUCGGGCUCCAAAGUCCCUGUCUCGGGGGGCCACUGUCCCUCUCUCUGGCCCCUGGUCCCAUCAGGUUGGGCUGAGCCUCCCCUCCGAAAAUGUUCUCAGCAGUGACACUCCAACUGUGGACAGCAACAGCAAUAAAGAACCAAACGACUCUGAGAAAGGGCGCUGUGACUUGGGGAUCCCACCUCAUGCACAUUUCCCUCCCUCCCCCGUGCCAGCAAUGUGGGGGCAUGUUUUCUCAUUAGGAUUCUGAGGGACACACACACCCAUGUACACAGGGACCAGCCCCCCCCCACCCCGAGAAUUAGCCACAUUCACCACAACAUCCCACAUAGGGCACCAGCUACCC